AUGUCACCAAGCCAGCAACGCAUUUCAGUUCGUCUUACACUUCCCCAAAAUCGACGGGAGCUUCAGACAGCAUUGCAGGAGGAAUGGCAACAGGUCCCUCCGGCUAGCCUUGGACGGCUGAAGGACAGCAUUGAUUCCCUAAAUGGUUCGGUUAGACUUAUUAAUGGGUCCUCUCCGUCCAAUGGUCGGCUUGAGAUCUACUAUUCCGGAGUUUGGGGUACGGUGUGUGGUGAUAACUGGGGAAGUACAGAGGCCGGAGUCAUUUGUGCCAUGAUGGGAUUUUCAAGAGUAAAUGCAACUCCAUAUUCUUCUUCUUGGUAUGGAACAGGGUCAGGGCCGAUCUGGCUUACCGAUGUCAUAUGCAAUGGUACAGAGGUGAGCAUAUCAAUGUGUUCACACUCUCAUUGGGGAGAUACUAGUGGUGAAUGCAGCCAUGACCAAGAUGUAGGAGUACAUUGCUCAGGUAAUUUUAACAUUGCCGUAAGACUAGCUAAUGGAUCUAACCCCAGUAAUGGUCGAGUUGAAAUCUAUCAUGAUGGAGAAUGGGGGACGGUAUGUGACGAUGGUUGGGGAACAUCAGAGGCUGAAGUCAUUUGUACCAUGCUAAGAUACCCAAGGUAG